AUGAGUAUUUUUCGUUCAGAAGAUAUGAAAUAUUGUCGCUUAGUUGUUCCUUCCGAAAGUGCUUGGGAGACUAUAAAUGAGCUGGGUAAAAUAAAUGCUCUUCAUUAAAUAGAUUAGGAACCAGAAGUAUCUGCAAUGCACCGUCCUUAUUUUAAUUACGUAAAAAGAUGUGAUGAGGUAUUAUUUUCUUUAUAAAAUAUCUAGAACUAGAUAAUAAGAUUUCAAGGGAUUAUAAAAAAGCCUACUGAUAUAUAAAAUAUAAUAAACAAUGCUUUUAAAAAUGCUGUAUAAUAAUAGAAUAGAGCAGGUCAUACCUUUUUCGAAAAUUUAGAAUCUGAGACUUUUUAAAAUAAUAAUUUAUUAAAUGAUUAAAUAUCUAAUUUAGAUAAUAUAUAUGAGAAAUAGAAAUAUUUAAAAGAAAAUCAUUUAGUUCUUCUAAAAGCUAUAGAAUUAAUAGGUGAUAGUUUUUUCGAAUCUUCUGAUAGAUAUCUAGAUAACUAAAAUCAAUAAUAAUUUACCAAUGAUUAAAUAAAGGGUGGAUUAUUAAAUAAAAUUUGCGGAGUUAUCAAUUCUGAUGACUAAGUAAGAUUUUCAAAGAUGCUAUUUAGACUUACUAGGGGUAAUAUAUUAAUGAAAAUGUCUGAUUUAGAUACAGAAUAAUCUCUAAAAGGAAUCAAUAAUAAACAAUAAUAAUUAUAAAAAUAAUAAAAGAAAAGAACAGUUUUUUUCAUUGUAUUUUAGGGAUAAUAAGGUGGUAUUAUACACUCUAAAGUGAAUAGAAUGUGCGAUGCUUUUCUGCUAGUAAAUAUAAUUUCCCUGAGACUUAAAAUCUCUAUAACUAGCGCCUAUUAGAGCUUGAUUCAGCUAUUAGAGAGAGUUAAUAGGUUCUUUGUUUGA